AUGCCACCCAAACGGAUUACAUUCAUCACCGGUAAUGAAAAUAAGCUUAAAGAGGUGAAGAUGAUCUUGUCCACAGGGCCUAGUACUGAAAAGGAUGAGACUCCCUUCGAGCUUGUCAAUCUGCCAUUAGAUCUGGAUGAAAUUCAAGAGAUUGAUCUGGAAGCCAUUGCCAUACAUAAAUGCAAGCAGGCAGCUCAAAAAGUUGACAAAGGAAAUGCUGUUUUUGUAGAAGACACAGCCUUGCGUUUCGAUGCUUUCAAUGGCUUACCAGGUGCUUACAUUAAAUGGUUUCUCAAGAGUCUAGGACUUGAGAAAAUCGUUAAGAUGCUGGAACCGUACGAAAACAAGGGGGCUCAAGCAGUCACCACAAUCGCGUACGCAGACGAAAAUGGAGAAUUUCACACCUUCCAAGGCAUUACGGAAGGCAUCAUCGUUGAUUCUAGAGGUCCCACUGAUUUUGGCUGGGAUUCGAUCUUCCAACCAUUAGAAUCAGGCGGCAAGACGUACGCUGAAAUGAACAAGACAAACAAAAAUUUGAUCUCUCACAGAGGCAGGGCUUUUGAAAAAUUCAAAAGCCACCUGUAUAACAACUAG